AUGUCAUUCAACGAUUCGAAAGCCAAAUCCACGACGGGAAUAAAUGAACAUGAAGUUAUAGAGAUUCCGCCACCACCAUAUGAAAUUAAUGGAGCCGCACAUUCACAUUUCAAUCAAGAGGACAAUAAUAUUAUUUCUGAUAACAUCCGUCCAUUCAUUCAAACACCUGUACCGCUCCAAACGCAUG